ACUUCGAUCAAUCAAAGCAGGAACAGCCAUCAUCCCCCGAUAUCGUUUCGCUGAUCUAUGCACUGGAUGGUGGUAUAACUAGCACGAAUGCCAUCAUCACAUGUCCAUCAAGUUCGCCUCUCAUCCACACACAAUUCUCUACCAAUAUGAUCAUAGUCUCAAAUGGUCCCACUUGGUGGCCGAUCAUCAAUGCACAUCGUUUGGCCAGCUAUUUUGCACGCCCGUGGAGAGCAGUCGGAUAUUGAAGCUGACACAAUCUAACCCUGGCCGUGUUUUCGCAGUUGCCGCGUUCGUCGGAGUGACGUAUGAUUGGGCACUUACAUUUGGACAAGAGGUGGAACUGAUCUGGAGACAACGAUGGUCCCUAAUAACAGCUGUGUAUCUCGGUGCGCGCUAUAUUGGAAUCUUAUCUGCUGGCCUGUACAUACUGCUCAAUGUUCCGACCAUCUCGUUGACAGAUACAGUGAGCUUUAUUGUGUUCGUCGUAUGGGAUUGGAUGGUUGUUGUGGUAUUUGCGAUGCUGUGGGUCAUCAUAAUUACUCGGUUGCAUGCUAUGUAUCAAGGAUCCAGAAGGAUACUGAUAUUUCUCAUUGUCACCUUCCCGGCUGUGAACAUUUUCACCGGAGUGGUCACCUUGAUGAUAACCCUACAUGUUUCGGCGGAGGAACUCAUUCUCUCUGGCACUUAUCAGUGUCAGUCUAACUAUGCGCAUGAUAUCCCACUUCUGGCUUCCAUUACUUGGAUACUCGUUACUGUGUGGGAGGUCCUCGCACUAUGUCUCGCAGUCUGGAUUGCGGUGAAAUACUUCCGUGACCUGCGACAACAAUCGGCAGGAGGGAUUAUCGAGGUGUUGAUGAAAACUUACGUGGUUUAUUUUGCGAGCUUUGUUGCUGUUUCUUUCUUCCAUCUCAUUCUUGGUUUAUCUCCAAAAUCAUUAAUAGACAAUUUCGUGGACGCUAGUAUUGUUUCUGGGCUUCUUCAGAUUUUGGAGGUCGUGCAGAUGUCUGUGCUGGGCCCGCGCCUGAUCCUUGGUGUUCGGGAAUACCACGCCAAGCUCGUGGCCGAUUCUGACGCAGCAACUGGCAUGACCUCAAUCACUUUCCAGGAACGCGUGCAUAUAUCGAUUGGCAGUGGUGUUUGAGGUGAAGUUAACAGUUGUCUAGUGCUCUGCAAGGAGCAGGGGAUUUCGUUUCUAUUUAUUCCUACUUUCUUCAAGGUAUUGAUCCAAGUUAUCUGGUGUUCCGAAGUAGAUUUCAAGGAGACAUACAAAGUUUUCGUCAUGUUAUUUAGUCAAGUGAUUUGCUAUAGCUGAUAAUAUCUAAAUCGAUGAA